CAUUUUCUUUGUGAGAUGCAUGCAACGUGCGAAAGAUACAGGAUCUCUUCUGCCGUGGACACAUCACACUUGUGGUGCACCACAGCGUCUUCGUUGCUAUGACGAAGAGAGAAUUCUGCGGAUCUUCGAAGAAAAUCCGGGAAACAGUGUGCGCCGUGUAGCUCGUGCGCUCGGUUACUCGCGAUUCGUGGUGCAUCAAACUUUACGUAGAAACGCAUUGCACCCGUAUCAUUUUCAGCGAGUUCAGCAACUUCUUGCAGGAGAUUACGAACGACGCAUUUAUUUUUGUGAAGGGUUCCUCGCACAGUAUCGGCGGAAUGUAUCAUUCCCUGGCCGAAUCUUAUGGUCAGAUAAGGCUACAUUCACACCGAACGGCGUGUUUAAUUUCCGCAAUUUUUUAUUGUGGCAAGAAGAAAAUCCGCACGCCGUUCGUCAGGGCGCCUUUCAAUAUCGCUGGUCGAUAAAUGUAUGGGCAGGAGUAAUUGCAAACAGAGUGAUUGGCCCAUACUUUCUUCCUCCGUGUCUUAACGGGGAAAUAUACGCGGACUUCUUAGAAAAUCAGUUGCCGCUGCUUCUCGCGGACGUUCCUCUCCGCGUACGAGCAGAACUGAUUUAUCAGCAAGACGGAGCUCCUGCGCAUUUUUCCCGUCAAGUACGGCAAAUUUUGAACGCGCGUUUUCCAGAGAAAUGGAUGGGUCGAGGGGGCCCUAUUUCUUGGCCAGCACGGUCGCCAGACCUUAAUGUGCUCGACUUUUUUGUAUGGGGCUAUGUUAAGAGCAUAAUUGAGCACCGACGUAAUGAUACGGAAGAAGAAGUACGCCAAGCAAUCCUAGCGGCCUUCAAUACUAUCACGCUUAAAAUGGCGCAUCGUGUGACGCGCAAUGUUGUUCGAAGAGCGGAACUAUGCGUUCAAGAACGAGGGAGCCACUUUGAACAGCUUUUACAUUAAAAAAUGAGAGUGGAUUAGGCCUACUGAGGAAACCACUUUAAAAAAACGCGCCAUGAUAUCUACCGCAAGGUGGUGAGGAAAUGAUAGCUCCGCUACAUUUUCUCAAGAAUACAAGACAAUUAUCGAUGGGCACUGGGCUCGAGCGUCACGCGCCGUUUCUGCACUGAAACAAACUGAUUGAUAAUAAUUAUCAAAUACACUUUGUUGUGAAUUUUAAUUGCAUAUUUAAUAACUAUUACCACAUUUGGUAAUAAUUACUAAAUCUUCAAUUAGUCCACUUAGAAACAAUUAUUAAAUAUUUAAUAUUUGUCACAAAAUCUUUGAUGAAUUGUAAUUAAAUAUUUGAUAAAUAUUGCUAAAUAAUUCCAUUCAACUUUCUCAGAUAUUUGGUCACUAUCACAAAAUCAUUUGGUGCAGCCAACAAUCAAAUAAUAUGCUAAUUAUUAUCAAUGUAGAACGGCCGAUAUUUUGUUGAUCAAUUUGAAAAUGUCUGUUAAUGUUUAGAAAGAUGUAUAGGACACCGUCCUUACGACGAUCAUAAUUAAAAUUUAUUAUUACUUACAAGGAGAGGACACAG